AUGCACCACCGGUUGCAUCUGCCUUGCAUCGUAUUCCGGGUCACAGAAGCCUGUCGCAAACCAGGUCAUGACCAGGAUACAUAUGAACUCAAAUCAGACGGGCUUCGCGACCUGCAGAUCACCACAGAAGACAAAUUCAUCCCGUUCUCGCCGGCAAGGCUGCCGCCCGCCUGGCAGACGAUCUUGCUCGUUCGUCCAUGGAGUCACCAUCUCCUUGAGCUGCAUGACACUGCAGACGAUACGCGGAACGUGGAGGAUUGUUCCGCAUCCGAAUCUUCGUUGCACGAUUCACCUGCUGCACAAACUGGGCCUAUAUAUUCUGAUUCCGACUCGCGAGCAUUGCGGUUGAUUGUUCGCCUUGGGCGGCAGCCGUUUAGUGCAUUUUUGCUAGCGCAGCAGUGCGACGGAGGAUUCAAGAGGAUCGCAUCCGAUUAUGAUAUUAUUGCACGGGUUAAAGACAUGGCUUCUGUUAGCUACUUGAUGGACAUCAGGACUCUAGAUGUACUGUAA